CGGUCACACCGAAAUAGCACCGGACGUGCGCGGCCGUUGGAUUUUGAUUUUUUAACUCUGACGCCCAGAUAAUUCCGACGCCCCAGCCGUUGACGCGUGCCUUGAGUGCCACUAAAUUGUUUAUCUUUUGCUAGUUAGACUAUUCAAAAAGGUACGCGGAACCGUUCGAACUAAAACUUCAAGGCAUUGCUGCCUGUGCGUGUGUGUGUGCGUGAGGAAGCCUUUUGCGCGCCGCUUUUUAAUUGAGUGAAUUUAAGAAGAAUAAAAAACACAAUGCUCGCUAAAUGCACGAAAACAACUUUGAGUUAAUCAAAAUAAAUAAACGAAUCGAGUACAAACGAAUUAUUUGUCUCCUUGUGCGUUCGUUUCGCCAGUGUGUGUGUGUUUUUGUGUAUGUUCCACGAAUAAUUCGCGUUAAGAAACAACAAGAUCCAUCGAAAUGGAGACCAUUGAAGAGCAAUCAAAGUGCGAGAUGUCCAUUACAACGCUGCCCACUCGAAUCUGUUUGGUGGGAGACGUGGGCCAGGAUGCGGACACGCUGCAGGCAGCCGAAUCCUUUGGCCUGCCCAUCGUCACUUCGGAAACGGGUCUGGACAUCAUCGGGGAGUCGGACUGGCGGACGUUCUACGUCCUAGAUGACUUCGAGGGUGCCAGCUUCGAUGCGAUACACAAGCAGAAGGAAUGUAUUCUUGGACCGCCGGCUUUGAAGUACGCGGCCGAGAUGAAACAGACACUGGGCCAGAACUCGCGGCCCAUUUACAACUACGCGAUGCGCGGCGUGGUCACUUGCUUCACCGGCAUACGCAAAAAGGAUGAGCUGACCAAGCUGGUUAAUCUCAUUCACUCGAUGGGCGGCUGCAUCAAGAAGGACCUGAACACGAAGACAACGCAUUUGAUUUGCAAUCACAGUGGCGGCGAAAAGUACCAGUACGCCAAAACUUUCCGUUUGACCGUGGUUCGUCCUGCUUGGGUGUUUGCCGCCUGGUCGGAGCGCAAUUCGCUGGAGUUUGACGCCACGCAGGAGCUCUUCACCAAGACGCAUCGGCUGAAGGCCUUCGAGGGCCAGAAGAUUUGCUUCUUUGGAUUCCCCGCGGAGGAGCAUCAGCACAUGGUGGACGUACUUUUAGAGAAUGGAGGCGUCUGUGCCGAACUCGAGGAUCCGGAGUGCUCGCAUGUCGUGAUGCCCAAUACGGGCGCAGUAUUUACAAGCACUAGCAAUAGCACAGAUACUAACCCAAGCACCCAAACUAACCCAACCGAAUCCCAAAUCCCAGGUAGCUCUGCUGGGUCACAGGCGGAGGGGGAGGAGCAGCAGCGGGCUGAGGAUCUUGAGCGGGCUGAAAUCAAAAAGGAGGAUCAAUCCGAAACAGAAACCGAUAAGGGAAUGUCUUUGGAUAUCGACAUAGAGCAGGAGCAGAAAGAAAAUCAGGCCAUUGAUGACGAGGAUGACAUACACUUUGACGAACGGCUCUUUGUCGAGUUUGCGGAUAUGAGAAAUCCAGGAGAUGAUCAGUUACCCGAAUCGGAUGAAGAAGAUUUGGACGAGGAGCAAAAGCCAAAAGUUGAAGGGGAGGAGCAAACGAAGCAGGAGGACGACGAUGAUGUCCAGGCCAGCACGCCAAAGACCAGCAAAAUACGAACUAGUUUAAAAGCGGCCACGCCACUCAGUUCACCCGAAAUGGAUGGAAUUGUUUUGGAUUUCGAAAGUACCACCCAGAAUAUUUCCCCUAUACUAAAAGCUAUUGACGAGUGUGAUCUGGAGACAGAUGAUCUGCCAGCUUCUGAAAAUGAUCUGAAGCGCAAGAGGGAUAGUUUCGACAAUGUGUCCCUGAUGUCGGUGGAUUCCUUUGCCCUGCCAACGAGCACCAAAAAACCCAAACUCAUACGAACCGGAUCCAUUUCGAGGACUCUUCGUCGGUCCGUUAGCUUUGUGGCCGAACCACUGAUGAAGACGCUAAGACCGCGGAGAAGCUCAGUGGCAGAUGCCUCGAGUUUCAUUGGCAGCGAGGCAGCCGAUAACUCCAUUUGUUCCGUGGCCUCCUCCAUAAAUUUAACCCUCAAUGAAUCGAUCAGAAAGCCAGUGAAGGAAAAGCUGCGCAGCUUUUGCGGCCGGAUAACGAGGAGCAGCAGUCGAAGGACGGACAAGGGUGUCGAUGGCACGCCGGAGUGUUCCACCAUCCUCGAUAGCGGUUUCAAGACCCCCAAAGCACCCAAGCUCAGAUCCACAGCCACUCCCAAAACAGCCAAGCGACUCUUCGGUCCCGUCUCCGGUGUUGUUUCCUCUUUGACCCUCACCACCCCGUCCACACCCACCCUGAAUCCCAACCCGAAUCCCAAUCCCACCGCCUCCCUGGAUGUCAACGAUACCUCCACCCACACAUUUGCUUUCUGUGCUGCUGCCGUCACGCCCGCCAUGCCACCAUCAUCAUCAUCGUCAUCUCCCAUAUUAUCGACUUCGAUCGCUGUACAUAGAUCGGUGCACGUAAUUAAGUCUCCCGAAGAGUCGACAGCGAGGCGUCAAAGCCCCGGCCCCAUAGAAGAACCCAUGCAAAUGGUGGUUGACGAGCACACGACUUUGACGAAGCCGGAGCCAAAGAAUAAUCACACGCACAUCCUGAAAUCAGACUGGUUCUGGUAUACCAUACAGAAUGGCUAUGCCAACGAGAUGGACUAUCUGUUUGGCGACUAUUUGGACAGCAUCACGAAUACACCCAAUACAGAUCGUCGGGAUUCGUUACCCAUUAGCUUUAACAAGCGGAAACGCAAGCGUUUAUCGCACCGCAUUCAACUGGAAGGCACACCUCUGGGCUCUGGGAAGCGACGCUCCUCCGUCUCCGAUGCCGGUUUGCUGUCCGUCUCGAAUAGUUUCUUCGAUUGCACCACCAGUCCUGAUAAGCUGGAGGCGGAUAAGCUGCUGCAUGCCGAACCGGAGGCAAGCGAAUCCACGCCAGCCAAGAAAUCGAUGCGUUUCAACCACUUUAUGGACUUCUACACCACAGAGUCCAACUAUGUGGGCAUAUUGGAUACCAUAUUGAAUCUCUUCAAAAACAAACUGGAGGAACUGGCUGAGACCAAUGAUCCGCUGCUCAACAAGUCCGAGAUCAAAACAAUUUUCGGCAACUUUCUGCCCAUCCACGAGGUGCACCAGAGCAUGCUGGAGCACCUGCGCAAGUUGCAUGCCAAUUGGCGGGAGGAUUGUCUGAUUGGCGACAUUAUCAUCCAACAUCGGGACGAUCUGAUUAAGGCCUAUCCGCCGUACGUCAACUUCUUCGAGCAGAUGAAGGAGCAACUGCAGUAUUGCGAUCGGGAGUAUCCGCGCUUCCACGCCUUCCUCAAGAUCAACCAGACGAAACCGGAGUGCGGCCGCCAAGGUCUGCAAGAUCUGAUGAUCCGACCGGUGCAGCGAUUGCCCAGCAUCAGUCUGCUGUUGAAUGACAUUCUGAAGCACACCGGCAGCAGUAAUGCGGAUCACGGGCGAUUGGAGGAGGCACUGAAGGCCAUCAAACAGGUCACGCUGCACAUCAACGAGGACAAACGACGCACUGAGUCGCGCAUGGCCAUCUUCGAUAUAUUCAACGAUAUUGAAGGUUGUCCGGCGCAUUUAGUGAGUUCCAAUCGCAGCUUCAUCCUGAAAUGCGAGGUGAACGAGCUCUCCGACUCGCUGAGUGGUCGUGGUGAUAACCUGGUCCUGUACCUCUUCUCCGAUUCCAUUGAGAUAUGCAAGCGGCGUUCACGAGGAUUCAAUACCGCCAAGUCGCCGAGCACGGCCAAGACGCAUAAGCAUCUCAAGCUGAUAUCGUUGAAUACGAUUCGGCUGGUGAUUGACAUUUCGGAUAGUCCGAGGGCUUUUGGUUUGCUUUUGCGUGGCGACAAGGAGAAGCUGUACACCUUUACCAUCAGCGACGAGGAGACGGAUAAGUCGGUCUAUGUUAAAAAGUUGUGCAAUGAGAUUGCAGCACACACAUGCAGAACAGAUGCGGACAAACUCUUGAUUUGUCGUACCUCCCAGGAAUUGGAGGUGGACAUAAGCGAUGUGAAUGUCAGCACGCUGAGCAAGGCCUUUAAACUGGCGGCCAAGACGCGACUCAAGGUGGGUCGUGCCUUCUCUUUUAAUAAGACGCCCAACAAGCUGAAACGUGCCGUUUCCACCAUGAUGACGUCGCCUUUUGGGAGCACGAACUCCUUGACGCCCGCCUCUCAAUUGGCCCAAAUGCGUUUGGCCAGCUGCACGAAUAUAAAUGAGGUAGAUGAUGAGGACUGUGCCAGUAUGCGUAGCAGUUCGCCUUCAACGCAAUCCGAGAUGCUGGUGGUGCCGCCGCUCUCCGUGCAACCGACGCGGAAAAACAAGGCCGUUGUGGGCCGCAUUUAGUGCCUGCCUGCCGUCUCCGAUUCCGCAGUCAAUUUGUGUAUUCCAUUUUUGAAGUCUCUUUUGAGAGAGACGACCCGCUUGGAAAAUGGGUGUCCCAUGUCCAUGUGCUGAAGAUGCAACCUUCGAAUUCGUAAUCUCACAAAAACAACCAGAAACAAAUUAUCACGCGUCCAAUAUUGUUUAGAUUGUAAAAUGUAUUUCUAAGUUGCAACUGUCGAUGUGGAGCUCGCGGAUGUUGAAGCGUUCGCCCGAGCUGUCGAUUGACCAAGAUAAACUUGUAAAUAGUUCUCCAUAUGUGUACUACCGUGCCCGAAUAAUUGUGUCGCGUCGCUAAAUGUAACCAACUACAACUCAUUUGCAGUGACUAGAGACCGCAUUCACGCACGCACCGAACGAUCGAUUCGAAAUGGGUUUCGGUCGGAUGAUCGCCACACCGCAACAAGCUGUGAAUGUUUACUGAGUAAAUUUUUAAAAACCUAUCUUACUAUAUUGAUUAAAACUCAACGAUUUUGCUUGAGUAGGCUAUUACGACCCUAAGUGGUAAUGCAUUCGAAGCAUGAUGAUGUUUAAGUAAAUAUAUGUGAACACUGAUUAAAGAAAACUAUUUUAAAACCAA